ACUGGCGGUGGACGGCCAUGACACCCUCUUCACCACGUCAGAAGUGGAGGCCUUGAGCUCGCUGUCCGUGGACCGCAGCGUUGCCAAGAGCAUGAACUGCAGCGUGCGGUUAGUCCGCCUUGAGGAGCUGACUGGGCAUCGGGGCGGCCGCAAGGGCCGGCCCGGUGUCUUGGGUGGCAAGGUUAUUCCCAAUAAUGACAAUAUGAUCGUUCACAUGAGGACAAAACCCGGCGAGAAGCCGUACGGGUGCGACCAAUGCAUCAAGGGCUUCAGUCGGAAAAGCAAGCUGAAGAUCCACAUGAGGACUCACACCGGAGAGAAGCCCUACAGGUGUGACCAAUGCACGAAGCGCUUCAUUGGGAAAGUACACUUGGAGAUCCACAUGAGGACUCACACCAGAGAGAAGCCCUACAAGUGUGACCAAUGCGCAAAGUGCUUCGGUCAAAGUGGACACCUGAAGAGCCACAUGAGGACUCACACCGGCGAGAAACCCUACAAGUGCGACCAAUGCAUGAAGCUCUUCAGUCUGAAAUGUCACUUGAAGAUCCACAUGAGGACUCACACCGGGGAGAAACCCUACAAGUGCGACCAAUGCAUAAAGCUCUUCAUAUCGAAAACGCACUUGAAGAGCCACAUGUGGACUCACACCGGGGAGAAGCCCUACAAGCCCUACAAGUGUGACCAUUGCGCAAAGCGCUUUGGACAAAACAACGCCCUUCAGAUCCACAUUAGGACUCACACCGGGGAAAAGCCCUACAGGUGCGACCAAUGCAUGAAGCUCUUCAUAUCGAAAACGCACUUGAAGAGCCACAUGUGGACUCACACCGGGGAGAAGCCCUACAGGUGCGACCAAUGCAUGAAGCUCUUCAUAUCGAAAACGCACUUGAAGAGCCACAUGUGGACUCACACCGAGGAGAAGCCCUACAAGCCCUACAAGUGUGACCAUUGCGCAAAGUGCUUUAAACAAACAUACGCCCUUCAGAUCCACAUUAGGACUCACACCGGGGAGAAGCCCUAUAAGUGUGUCCAUUGCGCAAAGCGCUUCGCACAGACAAGCCAGCUUACGGGCCACAUGAGGACUCACACCGGGGAGAAGCCCUACAAGUGUGACCAUUGCGCAAAGGGCUUCGGACAUUCAGGCCAUCUUAAGAGCCACAUGAGGACUCACACCGGCGAGAUGCCCUACAAGUGUGACCAAUGCGCAGAGCGCUUCAGAGAGUCAAGGCAGCUUAAGAGGCACAUGUGGACUCACACCGGCGAGAUGCCCUACGAGUGUGACCAAUGCGCAAAGUGCUUCUUAACGACAAGUCGCCUUAAGACACACAUGUUGACUCACACCGGGGAGAAGCCCUACAAGUGUGACCAAUGUACGAAGCUCUUCAUGCGGAAAGACAAGCUGAAGAUCCACAUGAGGACUCACACCGGGGAGAAGCCCUUCAACUGUGCAAAGCGCUUCAGACAGAGAGGCAGCCUAAAUGUCCACAUGAGGACUCACACCGGCGAGAAGCCCUACAAGUGUGACCAAUGCACAGAGCGCUUCAUUUAUAAAGCCUGCCUGAAGAGCCACAUGAAGACUCACACCGGAGAGAAGCCCUACGGUCUGAACAAAUGCACGAAGCUCUUCAGUCAGAAAAGGCACCUGGAGGACCACAUGUGUUAUGUAUUUUAAGCACAUAAGCUGCCCCCACAUAGCCACUAGGAAGCAGGAUCGAACACAAAAGCUGCAUUACCCCCACACAGCCACAAGGGGGCAGGAUCGAACACACAAGCUGUAAUAUCUACCCCAGCCACAGAAGGCAGCAUCUUUAAGACAGACGAGGAAGCCGCAGCUAAGAGCUAGACCACGCCCACUUCACAUAGACCACGCCUACUUCUUCCAUUUUCAGCGACCGGAGCCAGAGGAGGUCAGAGAAUCAUAGGCGCCUCGCGGAGAGCCUCGGGCCUAAGCCCGGGGCUCGAAGUAGCUCACGGUAUUUCUCUCUACUAGUGUUGGAUACAAUUCCCUCCCUUUUGCUUCAUAGUUACCAUACCGAAAUACUUAAACAAAUAAAGUGAGUUAAAAUCCAGCCGUUUCAAACUACUUUCAACAAGAGCACGACAAUUGCCACAUGAGGACUCAAUCCGGGGAGAAGCCCUACAUGGGUGACCAAUGCGCAAGACGCUUCAGUCAUGGCUCCAAGCUGAAGAUCCACGUGAGGACUCACACCGGGGAGAAGCCCUGCGUGUGUCUACUACCGCCCAGUAGCUCGAACACCUGUGAUCAUGAAAUGCUUUGAAAGGCUGGUCUUUCACCACAUUAAAGAUGAACUGAACUGAAAUAAUAAACAUCGUUAACGUUUUGGUUAAAAAAUUACACACAUUUUUUUUUUUUAAGUCAAUAUAUAGCUUUUUUUUUAGCAACGAAAGAUAAUGCGUCUUUUAGAAUUAGAGCGCCGAUGACGUCACUGGCAUGGUACAACUAGGUCGUUGCUGCAGACUCGCGAAUGUCUUAUUCACUCCACUGUUGAAAUAUGGCUGGUUACGAGUUUGAGCCUAUGAGGGACAUGCCUGUACUGUCCGACUGCCACCCGGUGGAGGGGGAUCAAUUUCAGGCUCCAGCUCCACCUUCGGAUCGUGUGGGUGUGACUGGUGUGCGUGUGGGUGCUGCCGGAGCAUGGACACUGCCAUUGAAUCAGUCUGCUGCCGAGAGGUCCCGGUCAACCUUGACCACCUAAUGGUGGGAUUAGGUUGCAUAACCAUGCACAGGGCAUUUCGAUUGCUGUGCGGUGAGAGAGGGUUUGGAAGUGGCCAAGCUCUCUCUACGGGACGUCCGAGCGGAGACACUGGAGCGCCCCAUAAAUAGCAACCAAGUAACAAGGCGAAAACGAUCUUUCCCCCUCCGUUUUCCUUUGAUGCGUUUCAGGAAUAUCUCUGUAAAGACGGACUCAUUGCGGAAACGCAACGAGCUGUACAAACGCUGUAGUACCUACAUAUUCAAGGCGCUGGUUCUCCACAAAAAUAAGAGGAACGCAUCAAGCCUGCGCGCAUCCAGCCUGCGCGCUGUAUAAAAAGGUUCAAGUCGAGGCGGAGAUAGUUGUUGUUUAACCUUUUAGAUUGAGUAGAAAUACUUUUUAAUGUACAGUUAGUAAUGAAGUUGACCAAGGGGCUGUAUUUAAAGCUACAAAA